CACGAGAGGUGCCGGGGCUCAGCGGGCGCUCGCCCCAUCGGGGCCGGGGCCGGCGGGAGUGGGGUGACGGCCAUGAUGUCGACCUACAAGCGGGCAACGCUGGAUGAUGAAGACCCCCUGGAGUCCCUUGGUGACAGUGAUGGAUACCCCAAUGGCUUUCAGGUGAACUUCCGCGGCUCGCGGGGCAGCCGGGGCUGCUGGGCCGAGCGGACGCGUGCCGAGAAGCAGCUGCUGGUGCUGGUGGGGGUGCUGGCGGUGCUGCUCGUGGCCUGUCUGCUGGGACUCAUCUUCCAGUACAGAGCCAGGCCACCUGCCGUGUGCCUGUCAGAAGCCUGCAUCUCCAUCACCAGCUCCAUCCUCAGCUCACUGGACCGCACGGUGAAUCCCUGCGAGGACUUCUUCAGCUACGCCUGCGGGGGCUGGAUCAAGGCCAACCCCCUCCCCGAUGGUCACUCACGCUGGGGCACCUUCAACAACCUCUGGGAGCACAACCAGGCCAUCAUGAAGCACCUGCUGGAAAACACCACGGCCAAUGUGUCCAGUGAGGCAGAGCGCAAGGCACAGCGCUAUUACCAAGCCUGCAUGAACGAGAGCAAGAUCGAGGAGCUGCGUGCCACCCCGCUCAUGGAACUCAUCCAAAAGCUGGGUGGCUGGAACAUCACAGGUACCUGUGCUGGUGACAACUUCAACGAGACGCUGCGGGAGGUGACGGCGCACUAUCGCACCUCGCCCUUCUUUUCCGUCUACGUCAGCGCUGACUCCAAGAACUCCAACAGUAACGUCAUCCAGGUGGAUCAGUCAGGGCUGGGCCUGCCAUCACGGGAUUACUACCUGAACAAGACGGAGAACGAGAAGGUGCUCGCCGGGUACCUGAACUACAUGGUGCAGCUGGGGAUGUUCCUGGGAGGCACCGAUGAGGAGUCAACGCGGCAGCAGAUGCAGCAGAUCCUGGACUUUGAGACGGCCUUGGCCAACAUCACCAUCCCACAGGAGAAGCACCGGGAUGAGGAGGUCAUCUACCAUAAAAUGACAGCAGGAGAACUGAAGGAGCUGGCACCGGCUGUGGACUGGAUGCCCUUCCUCUCCACAGUCUUCUACCCUGUGGAGCUCAAUGAGUCAGAGCCUGUUGUGGUCUAUGCCAAGGAGUACCUGGAGCAGGUCUCUGACCUCAUCCUGGCCACGGAUAAGUGUCUCCUCAACAACUACAUGAUCUGGAACCUGGUGCGGAAAACCAGCCCACUCCUUGACCAGCGCUUCCGGGAUGCUGAGGAAAAAUUCAUGGAAGUGAUGUAUGGGACAAAGAAGAGCUGCCUCCCACGCUGGAAGUUUUGCAUCAGUGACACGGACAACAACCUGGGCUUCGCUCUGGGGGCCAUGUUUGUCAAGGCCACCUUUGCUGAGGACAGCAAGCAGGUGGCGGAGGAAAUGAUCGCGGAGAUUAAAACUGCCUUCGAGGAAAGCCUGGAGACCCUGCAGUGGAUGGAUGAAGAGACGAGGAAAUCAGCCAAAGAGAAGGCAGAUGCCAUCUACAACAUGAUUGGCUAUCCCAAAUUCAUCAUGGACCCCAAGGAACUGGAUAAAGUGUUUAAUGACUACGAGGCCGUGUCCGACCUCUAUUUUGAGAAUGUCAUGCAGUUUUACAACUUCUCAGCCAGGGUCACGGCUGACCAGCUCCGGAAACCGCCAAACCGGGACCAGUGGAGCAUGACACCUCCGACGGUCAACGCGUAUUACUCUCCCACCAAGAAUGAGAUUGUCUUCCCUGCUGGCAUCCUCCAGGCCCCCUUUUACACCCGUGCGUCCCCCAAGUCCCUGAAUUUUGGUGGGAUUGGCGUGGUGGUGGGCCAUGAGUUGACACAUGCCUUCGAUGACCAAGGCCGGGAAUAUGACAAAGAUGGCAACCUGCGUCCCUGGUGGAAGAAUUCCUCUGUGGAGGCCUUCAAGCAUCAGACAGCGUGCAUGGUGGAGCAGUAUAGCAACUACACUGUCAACGGUGAGGCAGUCAAUGGCAAGCACACCCUCGGGGAGAACAUCGCCGACAACGGGGGCCUCAAGGCUGCCUACCGGGCAUAUCAAAACUGGCUGAAAAAGAAUGGAGAUGAAGAAACACUCCCAACUCUCGGCCUCACCAACUACCAGCUCUUCUUCGUUGGCUUUGCACAGGUGUGGUGCUCAGUUCGCACACCAGAGAGCUCGCACGAGGGGCUCAUCACCGACCCCCACAGUCCCUCGCGUUUCCGCGUCAUCGGCACCGUCUCCAACUCCCGGGAGUUCGCGGAGCACUUCAGCUGCCCCCCAGGCUCCCCCAUGAACCCCCUCAAGAAGUGUGAAGUCUGGUGAUGGGCGAGUGCCCCAGGGAACCAGCGGCUGGUUGCUUUGUCCUCUGCCAACAGCUGGGCUUCCCCAGUCCUUUGAGGCUCAAACCACUUCUCCAUGCCACGGAGAGCCUGACUCUUCAGCCGGAGCAGUGUCUGUGCCCCUGGCAUUGUCCGAGGUUCAAUCCACUGUGAAAACUCCUCAUCCCCCGCUUGUUGGCGAAAUGACUUCGGUUUGGGGGUCUCUUCUUUGCCACCAUGACCGGGCCAAGUGCCGAGGCACGGGCAUCUGUGGGCACUGCCUGUAUUUACACACACAGCGCUCCAGCCUGACCCACCACAUGGAAAACCCCUCUGUUUUGGAGGUGAUAAAGGGAACCCCCAGCAGUGGCAGGUUUGUCUGCGUGUCUAAAUGCACCUGAUGUACCACCUUCUCUCCAAAGAUGCGCACACAAGGGUGGAAAGUAUUUUAAGAUAUAUUUUUUUGGGGGAGGAGGGGGAAAUACAUAUAUUUUUUUCAUGUGUUGUGGAAUACACUGGAAAUUUUCAGGGAAAAUGCAUUUAAAAGCCUUUUUUUAGUAAAAGAUUAGUAUAUUUAUUAAUUUUUUUUACUUAGUGCAGCCAUAGGUGCAGUACUCUGUGAUCACAGUCCCUUGGCAAGGGAAGCUGGGUAGGGCUGUGGAUAUCUUUCCAGUCUUGGGUCCUGUGUUUCUCUGGGAGGGACUAUCCUUAGAGGAUGCUGAUGGGAAAAUUAGGGACAGCAGGCCUGGGGACAGGGCUGGAGGAUGCUGCAAGUCACAGAGGCUGUGCCGGGAUGCUGCAGCUCCUGGGAUUAGCUUUAAUUUCAGAGUGUAAAGGGAAAAAUUGACAUAACCAAAGAUGUAACCAAGGUGGUGAUGGGGUGGAUGAAGCAUCCUGUUCUCCCUCCUCUCUCCUCUGAAGCCAGGCCAGCCAGGAUUUCCUGGCCCUAAAGCUUCCCAGACAAGUGCAGGCGGUUCCUGCCGCUGCUUCUCUCAUGCCGAGCCUGCCCUCUGCCUGGGAAACUGCAAGCUCCUAAAGCACCAUGUGCCCCCAGAACUCUGUCCCUCCACAGCUGGUUUGGCACCAGUGUGAGAAGUGGUCAGGAUGGGGCUGAGGGACUUUUUUAAGGGAUGUUUUUAAUACUUGUUUUGAGGGGAAAGCACUGACAGGAGCUCAGGUGCUAGGUGCUGUCAUCUCGCACUAGACAAAGCAGAGACCUAGAGGGAUUUUUAAUAUUUAUAUGUAAAGGGAGGGAUGGAAGGGGCUGGGUUUUUGUAACUAUUUUUUCACCCUACGCAUGAGGCUUAUUGUAAUUGAAAUAAUAAAUACUUUUUACUGGA